CCGACCGCUGAAUUUUAACUGGAAGGAGAGAAAAAAGAGGAGAGGAAAAUGAAAGUGCGAGGCAGAUAGAGAGAGAGAGAGAGAGAGAGAGAGAAAGAGGGAGAGAGAGAGAGGGGGAGGUAGAGGAGAGCUGUCGGACCGUCCUGCAGGAGGAAGGAGGACUUUCAACAUGACCGCCCUGCGUCAGAGGAAGGGCAGCAAGGGGAGGGAGCCCCCCCUCAGCGCAGAGUUUCAGUCCCAGCAGUCCAACUGUUGCACAGAUCAUCAUCCUGAGAGGAUCCUGCACGGUGAUUGGUCGUGGGGGGCGAUAAUCUGGACCUCAGUCGGUUGGUCUGUGUCUGUCGGUCUGGGCCUGCUGUGCUGCAUCUACGUGGCCACACUGCAUGAGAACGACCUGUGGUUCUCCAACAUCAAGGAAGUGGAGCGGGAGAUCUCCUUCAGGACCGAGUGUGGACUGUACUACUCCUACUUCAAGCAAAUGUUGCAGGCCCCGUCAAUACAGGAAGGCCUCUCAGAAUUGAUCCAUGACAACUUGACAGAAUCCAAGAGGACCAUUAAUCUCCUACAGCGAAUGAAUAUCUACCAGGAGGUCUUUCUCAGUGUUCUCUACAGAUCGCUGCCCGUACAGGCGUAUCUGGAGCCAGUCUAUUUCUACAUUUACACAGUGUUCUCGCUCCAAGCGGUGUAUGUGAUCGCUCUGUACCUCACAGCUUGGCUCCUGUCCGGAUCCUGGCUGGCUGGUACCCUCACCGGGGUCUGGUACAUCCUCAACAGGGUCGACACCACUCGGGUGGAGUUCACCAUCUCGCUCAGAGAGAACUGGUCUCUGCCCUUCGCUCUGCAGGUCACCACUAUCACCUGCUUCCAGCCUCAGCUCAGCGCUUUGCAGCAGAAGGUGGUGGUGUGGCUGAUGUAUGUGACCACCUUCUGUUUCUGUCUGACGUGGCAGUUCAACCAGUUCAUCCUUCUUGUUCAGGCUCUCGUCAUUUACACCCUGGACUGUGCAGACUUCCUAACAACGACACAGGUGACCACGCUGUACCUCGUUCAGGUGAGCGCCCUGCUCAGUGUGUGGCUCCUCCAGUUCUGUAACUCCAUGAUCCUGGGAUCGCUGGUCCUGAGCUUCAUCGUAGCUGCACUCUUCGUCAGACACUGCCAGUCUGGCCUGAAGACGGGAAGCCCGCUGCUUCGUCUGGGCAAACUGCUCCUCCACAGCGCCACGGUCCUCCUCCUCACCUGCACCAUCAACUACCUGGCCAAGAGAGUACUUCAGCUCAGAUCAGACGAACACAUCUUUAAAUUCAUCCAGUCAAAGCUUGGCUUGGGAUCCACCAGAGAUUUUGAUGCCAGUCUGUAUCUGUGUGAGGAGGCUUUCGGUCUGCUGCCGCUCGACACGCUGGAGCGUCUGGCUGGUACUCUGCUGCUCUACCCCUACGUCCUCACACUGCUGCUGCUCAGCGGCACGCUGGCGGUGGCCGCGCUGCAGAACCUGAGCAGACCUAAAGGGGGUUCAGCUGAGGAGAGGAGAGGAGGCGGAGAGGGGCGAGCGGUGGCGUUUCGUCCAGAUGUGGCCUAUAAUCUGAUGCACACGCUGUUCUACGGCCUGCUGGCUUUCAGCACCAUGAG